GUGGGAUGGCGGCAGAUUUGACUCCUAAUCCCAGGUUCAGAAGGAUCCGCAGUAUGGGGGAGCUCAGACCCCGCAGGAGAGGCUACACAGGACCUUUCCAGGCAACCCAUUUGUGGAACAGUAUCAUCCAUGCCCUGAAAACCCAGGUGGAAGUAAAGAGUCGACGUCAGCACCUCCGGACAUACCCCAACUGUUUUAUUGGGUCUGAUGCUGUGGACGUUGUUCUGUGUCAUCUUAUGCAGAAUAUGUAUUUAAGCAGCUAUGAUAUUUCUCGCACUAAAGGCAUACAGCUGUGCCAAGCACUCAUGGAUCACAAAAUAUUGGAGCCUGUUGGAUCAAAGCUUUUUAAGGGUGAAACUGAACUAGUCUUUGAGGACAGCAAUAGUCACUUAUAUCGAUUUGUGGCGUCCAAGGGAGGUACCGUCUACUCGGCAGAAGACAAGAGCUUUGGAAAGGAGAGGAGACAGUCCAGGAGUGGCCAUGUUGUAACAAUAUGUAACCCUUCAGCCUUGGACUCUGCAAAUGAGAAGCUAAAUCAACUACUUCACUGCCUUUGCGAGCAUCCUAAUGCACAUAUGACCUCUGACCUCACUAAACAAGCCAUUGCCCCAUCACAAAAAGAUACUGAGAAUGUGUGGAAACAGCAGGUUAUGGUACGACUUCUACAGCUUGUCGACAUUCCUGUUUUGGAAGACAUCUUGGGUUCUCCAGCAAAAACAGAUUACAAAAAGCAUUUCACUGACUAUAUUGUCUCCAACACUUUCUUAGAUCGAGAGAUCAUGCAGACUCUACAACUUCCAAAGUUGGACAGAUGGUUAGCUUCAGCUGUGGACUGCUUGGAGUAUUUUCCAGAUGAACAGAUUGUGAUGCUAAGUCAGCAGUUUCCACAGAGUAAUGGGGAAAAUCUGGAUCUUUAUAAGAAGAUGCUGUUCGAUGUUAUUGCAAAAUAUUACUCGCAAGAGAGAGAUCCUUUUAUUGAAGGACAAAUGGUUACUGUUCUUAUUGGAGUUGUUGAACUUCUAGAACAAGGAAAAAGAAGCCAAGCUUUAGAAGCCACCCAGCUUUAUCUAAGACUGCUAAUGCCACAAGCAAGAGAAGAGCUCCGCAGAUUCAUAACGUUUAUGACGACUGCCUCUGAAUCCAGUGCAUACAAGUUGCAGAAGCAGUUUGAUAACAAGGUUAUAGUGAUGAAGACAUUUACUAAAGUAAUUGUGCAGAACACUGUAGUAUCAAAAGCACAAAGUGAAGAAUUUUCCCUAUUUUUAAUAGAACAAUCCAGUGAACUCUUUAAGACCCCCAUGGAGUUGCUGGAUCUUGUAAGCACAAAAUUAAGAAGUCUACAGAAUGGAUUGGAUCCAGAUGAUCUUUCAGGCUUCACAUUUUGUCAGCGUUUAACGCCGGAAGAAUAUGAAAGGGAGAGGUUCUCUAACACAAUAAGUGAAAUUCAGCAGUUAAAGGCAGCGGUGGACAGAAAUUCUGCUAUUCCAGAUAAGAAAAAAAAGAAAAUGAUGAAGGAAUUCCUGAAGUGUCAUCCUUCAGCUUUCAAUGGCCCAGUCCUCAACUGA